AUGGCCAUCCGUACUUUCCUACAGCCACUCGUGCCUCUCUUGUUCGCGACUUUGGUCGUCGGUGGUCUUGCUUCUAAGGCUCUACAUAUCGGUCUACACUUUCGCUCAUUACCGUUUCUCUACCUGGUGCUAUACUCAUCCACACUCGUUUUACCCGAUAUCUUGAUCAUCGUCUUCGUGCGACUCUUACUUCAAUUCCCCGCGCCAGAAUCACGUCUUCAAUGGAUUUCGACUGUGUUGGGAGGGUUUCUCUCCCUAGUUACCUGGGGAGCGGCCUCGAUCCAAUUCGGCUUUUUCAUGCAAACCGGUGCCGAGGUAGCCUGGGCAGCUAGUAAUAGCUUCCUCAGCGACCCGGCUGCUAUGAAGAUUCUACUGAGUGGAGUCUCGACCGUCUCCGCUGCAGCUAUAGUCCUCGGUCUCGUUGCAUGGUUGAUCCAUGCCCAUCUCUAUGCUCUAACCGGUGCCUGUUUACAGGGAAUUCGUGAUUUGGUUGCGGGCGCAGUGAAAGCACGAUACAGCCUUCUAUCGGCUCCCAGCAAGGCAUGGUGGGCAUCUAUAGACCUUCGGUCUUUCCGCCGAGUGGGUCUCCUCACGGCUGCGUUUAUCUCACUCGUUUUCCUGGAAAUAUCUCGACCUUCGAUCCCGUAUGAUCAUCUUUCGGGGGCUUUACCUCUAACAAUAUUGGAUGCAUUCACGAAGAAGACAAGCACGGCUGAAGGAUGUCGAAAUCCCGCGAAGACCUUUCCUCUGUGGGAAGUAAACAAUGCUAGUCCGUUGGCGGAAGGGUGGUCCCGAGCCUCGUGGUUACCUCAAGACCCACCACCAGGAUUCAGCCGUUGGGGUACGAACCCUUCACAGAGGGCGCAGGAUGACAAUCCUUCUCACUUCCUGUGUAGCGGUGGUGAUGAGGAUGCAUUCUUUAACCCGAAGUCAGAUCCUCUGAAGAUCUCGAACUUGGGUGGCGAUAUCUAUGAGCCCUUGCAGAAGGCCUUCAAGGAACAUUCGGUGGAAAUUAACAAUAUCGUUUUGUUGACGUUGGAAAGUGGUCGGAAGGAAAUGUUUCCCAUGCAACAGGGUACACCCAUGUUCGAUGCGUUACUCGCCUCUCACGCCGAGGGGAAGAGAGAUCAAGCAAUUGACCGGUUGGUCAAAAUGACCCCCAUUGCGCAGAUGUUGACGGGAGAAUACGUGAGCGACAGUAAUGGUACUAAGGUGGAUCUGAGUGAUGUAAAGUGGCAGGAUUCAGCAGAAGAUGGCAUGGGUGGGCUAAACAUCCGCGGAGCACUCACAGGAAGCUCUUUGACCUUUAAGAGUAUUCUGGGAAGUCACUGCGGCGUUCAUCCUUUGCCAGUGGAUCUUCUGGAGGAAUCUAUGCUCGAGAUUUACCAGCCGUGCUUACCACAGAUCCUUGAGCUGUUCAAUCAGGUCAAGUCAACAAACGAGAUUCUUGGACGGUCUAAUAGCUCUGGAAGCUCUGAAAGCUCACCAGUUCUCGAAAAUCCGUGGAAGUCUGUUUUCAUGCAAUCUAUCACCGAUGACUAUGAUCGACAAGAUAUUCUGGAUGAAAACAUGGGUUUCAAGCACAAGGUUGUCAAGAAGACUAUUUCGUCACCUCGGGCCAAGUACAGAGCCAAGGGUGAUGAGAUCAACUACUUCGGAUACGCAGAGACGGAAUUGAAGCCAUACGUCCGAGAUCUCUUCUACGAGGCGGCCAACAACAAUACCCGUGUCUUCCUCUCUCAUGUUACCAGCACAACGCAUCACCCUUGGUCCACGCCGGAUGACUUCAAGAAGGAAAAAUACAUGGGCUCCGUCGGCACAGUCAAUCAUGAUCUGAUGAACAACUACCUAAACGCAGCACGAUUCGUGGACAACUGGCUCGGCGACAUCAUGAACCUCCUCGAUGAAACAGGGAUCGCCAACUCAACACUGGUCGUCAUAGUUGGCGACCACGGCCAAGCUUUUGGUGAAGAUAACAAGGACAUGACCGGGACCUAUGAGAACGGUCAUAUUAGCAAUUUCCGUGUGCCCCUCAUUUUCCGACACCCACACAUGCCUCGCAUCGACAUCACAGCCAACGCAACCUCUCUUUCCAUUAUGCCUACCAUUCUGGAUAUGCUUGUUCAAUCCCAAUCUAUUGAUAUACGCGAUUCGGAGAUUGCAUCCGCUAUGCUUCCCGAGUACCAAGGCCAAUCACUCAUCCGCCCCUUCGUCUCAUCAAUUAAGCCAAAUCCCAACAAAGACCACGAUCACGACAGCCACACCGAGCGUCCAGAUGAUAUUGAAAAGCGAGCCCCGCAUAAGAAACACGGGCCCUCAAAGCCGAAAACCCGCUAUGCCUGGAACUUUGGUCUCAUCAACGCCGGUGGAUCCAUGAUCUCCAUAACGUCAGCUAGUCUUCCAUACCGACUUAUCUUGCCUCUUCGGGAAGGCUUCGAGUAUGUCUUCACGCAUCUGGACAAAGAUCCCGGCGAGUUACACCCCAUCAAGGCGUGGACGUUGACCCAGCUUCUGGAAGAGGUCCUGUCUAAAUACGAUGAAGAUGCCGGUGAAUGGCUUGAAGAAGCUGAGCAAGUCGGCAAAUGGUGGGCGAGUAACCAACGCCGCAUCUGGGGAUACCGGGAGGCGUAA